AUGGUAACGGGACUUGUUAUCUGUUGGAUGAGACACAUGGGGAAACCAGGCUCGUGCAAAAUUAUAUGGGUGUUUGUGGCAUGGGGGAAAAUUUUGGGUGUAGCGUACUAUGACCUGACACGACAACGUCAAAUAUUAUGCUGGAUACACAGAACCGAGAUGAGUCAACUGUGUGACAAAAAGGUUGUGUCGGCAGUAUACAUGUAUUUAGAGCUAGGCCAGCAGGUACAGCCCUCUUGUUUUGUUUCAGUAUUGAAGGAAGUCCAUCCAGUUCAGAUUGUUGUAAGCUCCAAACAAGAUGAAAGAACAUUGAAAAUCUUGAGAAGCUAUGCAUCAGAGAGAAACAAUGGUAAUGUAUCUGAAGACAGCAGCUGUUCUGUGCUACAGUUUCUACCAAGCAUAGAUUUUUCUAUAGAGAUUUGUAAAAGGCGCCUGAUAUCCAUGGAUCUCCCCUCUAUACCCGAACAUUAUGUGGAUACAGAAAGGACCUUGUACAUCUCUUCACUGAUACCUUUUGAAAAUGUUUGCAUGCAUUGUCCUGAUUUCAGAGAAAGCCAGAUGAUUUUAGAUGAUACAGCCUAUUGUGCCCUGCAGAUAUUUCAAAAGGAGUCCCACCCAUCAGUGUAUAAGACAGGAACAAAUAACAGUGCAAAGGAGGGACUCAGUUUAUUUGGGAUUAUGAACAGAACAAAGUCUCAAAUAGGAAGUAAACUACUUAGGUCUGUGUAUUCCUGUUACUUAUAUACUUUAUGUUUUCACUAUUCUUUAUUUGCAUUACUUGUUGUGUUCUAUACAAAUGGCAUACUUUUUGGGCCUUACUUCAACAAUCCGAGAAACUUUGAACUGAUUACCUCCCUUGAAGAAUCAGUCAAGAAUGUGAAAAAUAUUUCAAAAGUCCUCACUAGAAUGAUGACAUCUCAGGCAUCAGUUGGAGACUGGCAGGUUCUUUAUAAGACAGUGUAUAAUGCUACUUCAAUAAAGGAGCUGUGUAGGGCCCAGUCUCAGUCUAUAGAGAUCAUAAGAAAGGUGACCGAGCAAUUUACAGAUGAUCUUCAUCAAGUUACAAAGUACAUCUAUAAAGUUGUAGAUUUUCAGGAGUGCUCCUUACAGAACAGAUUUGUGGUGAAGCCAAAUGUCAAUGAAAACUUAGACAAAAAGAAACAUUUGUACAGUAGCUUGCCAGAAUAUUUGACAGAAGUGGCUUACCAAGAGUUGAACGACUUAGAUAAUGAUGUAACACUGUGCUCAAUUGUGUACAUACCUCAGAUUGGUUACCUACUUGCUAUACCAGAGGCAGCUUUGAUUAACCAGUCUGAAGACAGAAGUAGAAAUGAAAUACAUGGACUCGAAUUUGUGUUUCAGUCAAACAAUUUCCUACAUUAUCGAAGUGCUCGCACUAGAGAGUUGGAUAGAUUGCUAGGCGACACUCGUUGUGAUAUCACAGACAUUGAGACAGCCAUCAUGCAUAAAUUACAGAACAACAUUUUGAAACAUUCCAAGGUUUUAUUGACAGUGUUGGACAUCUGUGCAGAACUAGACUGUUUGUUAUCACUAGCAGCGUGUGCGAGAGAAUAUGGUUAUAGCAGACCUUGUAUUACAGAUGAUAAUGUUAUAGAGGUGACAAAUGGAAGACAUCCGAUUCAGGAGGUAUGCUGCAGUACAUUUGUACCAAAUGAUGUUCAAAGUAAUGCAGAAUAUGGAAAAAUAAAAAUAUUAACAGGACCUAAUGCAUGUGGAAAAUCUGUCUACCUCAAACAGGUGGCUCUUAUAGUAUUUUUGGCACAGAUUGGUAGUUUUGUGCCCGCCGAGGAAGCUAAGCUAGGACUUGUGGAUAGAAUCUUCACAAGGAUCAGAUCCAUGGAAAGUGUUUCUGUUGGGCUUUCUACAUUUAUGAUUGACAUAAAUCAGAUGGCAGAGGCCUUGAGAAGUGCAGGCGAAAAGUCAUUAUGUAUUGUUGAUGAAUUUGGAAAAGGGACAGAUAUGGUGGAUGGCCUAUCAUUACUGUGUUCUUGUCUGAAGCACUGGAUAGACCAGGGAAGUAGGUCCCCUCAUAUUUUCCUCAGUACACAUUACCAUGGCAUUAUACAACAAAGUCUAAUUCCAAGAGUUCCAAAUGUCAAAUAUCUGACACUUGAGACAUUACAUAAUGGUGAAGAAUUAGUUUUCUUGUACCAGCUAGUAGAAGGUCAUACUUCUUCCAGUUACGCUUGCCAUGUUGCAACACAAGCAGGACUUCCAAGUACGAUCGUCAAGAGAGGGACAGAGGUAUCUCAAUUAAUAAGACAAUGUAAACCCGUGCAGAGACGAGAUACCGUGGCAACUGAAACUCAAUUUAAAAGAUGCCAGACAAUUGUUAACAGAUUUAUGGACCUGGAUCUUGAAACUGCAAACCUCAAAUCUUUCCUGACCGGUUUUGUUCUGCCAACCAUUGAUGGGAAAAUGUGAACAUGAACAUGUGUCUUUACAUUGGUUUCAAGAAAUUGCAGACUUUGGAUUUAUUCUUCCAUUCAUUUAUGGAAAAUUGUAAACAUUUACAGUCUAGUUGUUGUUGUUGUUGUUUUCUAACCAUUUCAUGGAAUAUUUGAAUUUAGAUUUAUCUAGCUAGUAAAGGAAACAAAUUUUUUACUGAUAAAAUCAGGGUAACGCUCAUUGUAUACAUUGACAUCUAGAUUUGUUUUCCUGUUCCUUGUAUGUCUUUGCUGACAGCAGCUGAUCUUGCCCAUGUGACCAAUGAAGCAUUCUGGCCAUGUGAUCAAUGCAAACCAAUGCAGCAUUUUGUCCAUGUGACCAGUAGCAUUUUGUCCAUGAAACCAAUGCAGCAUUCUGCCCAUGUGGCCAAUAGCAUUUUGUCCAUGUGACCAAUAGCAUUCUGUCCAUGAAACCAAUGCAGCAUUCUGCCCAUGUGGCUAAUAGCAUUUUGUCCAUGUGACCAAUAGCAUUCUGUCCAUGAAACCAAUGCAGCAUUCUGCCCAUGUGACCAAUAGCAUUCUGUCGAUGUGACCAAUAGCAUUCUGCCCAUGUGGUCAAUAGCAUUUUCCCCAUGAAACCAAUAUCAUUCCGACCAUGUGACCAAUAGCAUUCUGUCCAUGUGACCAAUGCAGCAUUCUGCCCAUGUGACCAAUGCAGCAUUUUUCCCAUGUGACUGAUAUCAUUCUGUCAAUGUGACCAAUGCAGUAUUCUACCCAUGUGGCCAAUAGCAUUUUGUCCAUGAAACCAAUAGCAUUCUGCCCAUGUAGCCAAUAGUAUUAUGUCCAUGAAACCAAUAGUAUUCUGUCCAUGUGACCAAUGCAGCAUUCUGUCCAUGUGACUAAUGCAUAUUCUACCCGUGUGACCAAUGCGGUCUGAUCAUGGUCUGUGGUUUGCUAUUCUUUUAGUUUUUGAAAUAUUUUCUUAAAAUGAUGAAAUUCAAAAAUAUUGUCAACAUUGAAAGAGGGGCAAGUCCAUUUAAGAUGAAGGUAUAUCACAUUUGAUUCAUCAUCCUUAACAAACCAUUUCUAAAGUGCCAUGUAGAGAAACAUUGUUAUUACCCAGUAGGAUUUAAGCAUAUAGUUUAAGCAUUCAUCAUCCAAAGUCUUUUACACAUACAUACAUGUAGCCUUUGAUAUAUCUUUAAUAUUCUUACACAAUUACUGUCAGGUAUUUAAUAUCAAAAAUUGUUCUAAUUUCUUUUACAUAGUUUUUAAGUGUGAUUACACAUAAAACCAUUAUCAGUGCCAUAGUGUGUUCACGUUGUUUAUAAAUGAUACAUGUAUUAUGCUAUUUUUGUUAUUUAUCAUGAGAAGUUUAUUGAUUUUAUGAGAUAUCUUGUUAAAAUUGUUAAGUUUUACAUAAAUAAAGGUUAGUUAAAUUUA